UAAAUAGGCAUUUAUUAUAUAUACAGAUGACAUGUCAUUUCCGUCCACCAAAUGUCAUGCGCGUAUUGGAAACGACGCAAUCUUUCGUUUUCAGUUCAAUUUUUCAACCUUUUUACAUAAUCGCCUCACAACGCAUUGUCACUGCCCAUUCUGCUCCAGAGCUCUUCACAGAACAAACCCACUCAAACAAAUUACAAAGCAUUUGAGAUGCCAAUAAACACCCACUUCCAAGAAGACAAAAGGGAAGCUCCUAUCCAUGGAGACAUCUUAGAAGCCAUAUUCUCGCACGUGCCACUCAUACACUUGGUACCAGCUCGUCACGUGUCAAAUGCCUGGAAGCGUGCCGUGUCCUCAUCCCUCCGCCACGUCAACCCCGUCGAGCCGUGGCUCACGGUGCACAUCCAGAGCAACCGUGCCCUGCACGUCACCAACACCUUCGCGUACGACCCACGCUCUCGCGCGUGGCUUCAGAUUCACGCGCCGCAUACCCACCACUCCUCUCCUCUCCGCGCGUCGCAUUCCUCCCUUGUCUACACCCUCUCCCCCACCGAGUUCACCUUCUCCCUCGACCCCCUCCACCUGACAUGGCACCACGCACAUGCUCCGCGCGUGUGGCGCACCGACCCAGUCGUAGCGCGCGUGGGAACCUCCAUCGUUGUAGCGGGAGGCGUGUGUGACUUCGAGGACGAUCCCCUGGCGGUGGAAAUGUACGACACGGAGUCCCGCGCGUGGGUUAUGUGCCCGUCGAUGCCAGCAAUACUGAAAGACUCAACGGCGUCGACGUGGCUCUCGGUCGCCGUCGCUGGGGAGAAGAUGUACGUGACGGAGAAAAGCUCCGGUAUGACGUGCUCGUUUGAUUGCAACACGACGACGUGGCAGGGGCCAUACAACCUGCGUCCCCACGAGAGCGUGGUGGGCUGCGUGACGGGAACUAUACAGCGUCGUUUAAUGGUUCUUGGGUUGAUAGGGGACGCGGAGAACGUGAAGGGGGUGAAGUUGUGGGAAGUGAAGGGGGAAAGUGAAGUAGGGUUGUGGUGUGAGGAGGUGGGGGAAAUGCCGAAGGAGAUGAUGCUGAAACUAAUGGGUGAGGAUGGUUGCUUUGGGGUGGUGGGGUCCAUUGUGGUGAAUUGGAUUGGGGAUUUUGUUUAUGUUCAGAACCCUAUGCAGGUGGAGAACAUGAUUGUGUGUGAGGUUGUUGGUGGUGGUGCUCGAGGAGGGUGGAAGUGGUCCACCGUCAAGAAUCUUGUGGUCAACGACGCCACUCGGAUGGGGAGAAUGCUGUUUUCUGGCGGUGACGUUGGUGUCCACGAUUUGCAGACAGCGCUUUCGGCGAAUUGUAGGUUUGUGCUCAAAGACAUUAUGUGUCUCCGAUUUUAACUGUAUAGAACUACUAAGCCUGUGUCUGGAAUGAAACUGUAAACGUGCAUAUAUAAUGCAGCGAUGAAAUAAACGUUUACUUCUGAUUAUUUAAACGUAAAUUUAAAUUGAAACUCGUUAUUUUAUAUUAUUGUUUUUAUUUUGAAAAUAUAUCUUAAAUGUUACAAAAUAAUACAUUUUAACAAUACAAAAAUUGUUUUGCUCAUAAUAAGGUUUAUGUGUUCUCCUGAAAUAGGUAUCUCUUUCAUGAUAUUAUUACACCAUGCAGAGAGGAAAUUGUCUGAAUGGCACAGAUAUGCUAUGAUGCUACAUGACGAUUGUUAUGGGUAGGGAAGGUUUUAAGAUAAGAGAUUUUAAUCUCGAACAGUUCUCCACUUAAGUGCAUUGUUUUAAGUAUUUUAAUAUUGCUUGUGAUUUAAAUUUAGAUAUAAUUUUUUAAGAAAGAAGAUUAUAUAAUUUUAAAAUAAA